GAAGAAAGUUGUUGGAUAACAGUCGUCGCUGCUGGUCUAGCGAAGUGUGCAGCAUCCUCAUAGUUCGUGUUUCUCAACAAUGAUGUUUAGACAGCAAAAUCGCUGGAGGAUUGCCGUUGGUUUUUGCUUGCUAAUAUUACUUGAUGAGUUUUGUGUAAAAACAGAACGCCUCUCCGUUGGUUCCGACAAUCAAGAUGGACAUUUGAAUUUGGGAAAGUCUCCAGUUAUUUUCGUCGACAAUCAAGAAAAUGUCGUGGACGAUUUCUACCAAUCAAAUACUACUUCUGACUUAUCAACUAGAAGAGAAAAACGUGGUGUGAUAGUGGCCAUAUUAAUUGGUGCCAGCAUCGCGGCCUCGUUGGCAAACCUUGGUUUUGAUAUUUAUUUGCACAUCAAGGGAUGCUGCGGUGUCUACCCAUCCGCUUGCAGAUACCGAGACGAAUUUGACAGAUUAAAGAAAACUUUGUCAACAAAGAGUCGAAAAGUUGACAAUAUGUGGACGAGUGCUGAAAAUACAAAAGAAUGGGUAAAACAAUGCAACACUCAGAAUCGCGAGUUGUGGUUGGAAAUAGAUCGCAUCGCUGAUGUAGAAGAAGAGCUUGUUGAAGCCCUGAAUAUCAACCUUAUCAUUGCUUUCAACAACAAAUCUGCUGAACUCAAGAGUAAAAUACGAGAUAAGAACGAAACUGUGUUGCGUCUAACUGCUGAGCAACUCUCUGUGGAAUACGAUUCUCCUUUCAACUCCAUUGAAGGAACUUUACUCAUUGUCGGUGGAGUGGUGGGACAAGUAGGAUCAACGCUUAUAUCAAGGGCAUAUAAAUCAUAUAAGAUUAACAAGAUGUCCAAUUUUCUGAAAACAUCAGAAGGAUCGCGUUUGAUAAAUGCUAAACCUACAGCCCAGAAGUUUUUCGGUGUAAGCAAGACGAACAUCAAUUCGCAUUUCAAGGCCACAGCCAAGGCACAAUACAAAUCUAAUUUCAAGCCAAUCAGAGGAAAGAUAGCGACUGGAGCUGCUGCAGUCUUAGCAGUCAUAAGUAUAGGUCUUGAGAUUUACUCCGCCGUAAUGAAAGUAAAAGCUUGUCAAUCGAUCCGUGAUAAUGCUCAUGAUGCAGUGAAAAAUAUGAGAAAGGCUAAUAGAGAUAUGGAUGGGAUGUUGGGAAAUGUUCGACAGUACCAAAGGCGGGUCUCAGUUGAGGGAUGGAACAAAAUCAGAAGUGAACUAAAUAAGAAAGACCUCGCUGAAAUCCUGAAACAGCUCCGCACACUAGCACAGGGAGCAGCCACCCAAUCGCAGGGCAUGAAGAAUGCGGUCACUGCAAUUAACAAUUUCCUGAGCAAGAUAAGACACGCGAAUUAUCAGGCAACCUUUGAUCUUCAACGCGAGUUGAUAAAAGGUUUAGCUGGGCUUAAAUACACGCUAGCGUGUUAUCGUAACGUGAUUCAAGCAACGUCGUACAUGAUGCAACAUUGUAAGAAUGGAGAUGGUCAAUUUUCCGAACUCUGGGAUCAAACUGUAACGCAUUUUCGCCUGGACUCCAGAAGCUGCAAUGAUGAACAGGGUGUCCCUUACGUGACCAAAGCCAAAAUGCAAAAAGCGAUCGAAGAUCUGGCAAAAAAAGAUAAAUUCCACCCGGAUUGCAUUCUAAACAGCAAAGAUGUCCGGUAUUUGGUCUGCGCAAGGAAAUACAGGGGCCACACCGCGAGUGACAUCGCAAAAGAAUUUGAUCUGACGGUCAAGCAAGCAGAGAUAAUAAUGCCACAUUGCCCUCCCGAACCACUCACACCGCACAAGAUCAACUCAAUUUGUAGGUUACAUAAAGAUGGGAUGGAAAUAAUCGAAAUUGUUGCUUUUAUGAAGAUAGAAUUCCUUAAGGUCGCUGGUGUGCUCAUCAAAAAUUGCACGCAUACCCAGGAACCUACAGUUUAGUUUUGGGUGUGUACUUCUUUAAUUUUUUUCCUGCGUAGAAUGUACAAUGAAUGUAUACGUACAUUUUCACACGAUAACGUGUCACAGGAAUUUUAUGGGAAAUUUGUAGAGGUAGUUUACUUUCAAAAUAAUUUUGUAGCACCACUCUAUAGUAAUCGAUACACACUGAAUAUUUAAUAAAUGCAAAAUCUAAAUCAAAACACCAAUCAGGUCGCAACUGUUCACACAAUCUCUUUUGAAAAAUAUGUAAAUAUUUAUGCAUGUAAAUUUAACGGCCCAAUGCAACAUUUCUACCUUCUAAUGAAUUUAUAAAACAGUUUAAUUGUCGCUGUAUUACCAUUAGGUGCCGUUCCUGUUACACGAAUAUCGCAAGCGGCAAGCGAGGACGUCUUGAAAAAUCGGGGAAAUUCGCAUAACAUUUUGGUUGUUGAGAGGGACACGUUCCCACAUGUUUCUACGCCCCUCCCCGGUACUUCGCCCCUAUAAAGUACCAACACCAUUUAGGUUCGCCAUGAUUCUGAAUGAAUAUGAACUAGUGUUUAUGUUAAUUCCGAAGCAUAAAAGCAUGUUCGCCCGAGUUAACACCCGAGCAGGAAAAUUUCCUCCGACUACCAUAGAGAGAGGCGUCAGUACUUCAGACAAAUUACUCAUUCUUUGUUUCCUUCUUUGCUAUUCCUACCGCUCAGAGGACAUGCAGCUAUAUGCAAAGUGGCCAUGGUGGUGGUAUAGCACAAAAGGAUAUUUAGCCGAAGAAAAGGGGCGUUCAGUACAAUCAAAAUGCCUUGCGGUACAUUGUACAUAGCUAUAUUAUCUAUGAUUUUGCGUGUAGCAAAAUUAACGCGAAACAAAUGAAGUUUAAUUAACAGAAGUCUCGUUAUAGACAUGUAUUCUUUACUAAGACUAAGUCAAAUUGGCGAGUAA